CGUAACAAUAAACUACAAUAACCACAUACAAGAGGCAACCUGCUUCCUGGACAAGACGUUCACAUUCGUUCUCUUUGUUUUCCUUCAUUCCUGAUGGCCAGCAAUAGAAAUCCCAACCCCAUGAAAGACGUACACAUAAAAAGACUACAAGAAAACUGGAAGUUGGUUGCGCAAUUUCUGGAUUUCAAAGAUAUUAUAUAUAUUCUAGAAGACAACAGAGUUUUAGACAAAAGAGACGUUGAGAUGAUUGAGGAGAAAAGCACAAAGCAAGCUUUCAAAUACUUGUUUGUAGCUCUCACUGAAUAUGGAGGAGAAAAUGGACUUAAUACUUUUGUUGAGGCUCUUAAAACAAAAGGCAAAAAGUAUGCGACAAUCAUAGCCGAGUUGUCGGAGGGGUUCAGCACAGGAGAAACGAAAGUUGAUCCUAAAGAUAAAGAUGCACAGAUAUCUACACUAGAAAGGCAGCUAAAAGAAGAGAGAAAAAAGAGAAAAACACUUGAAAAGAAACUAAAGACAAUGAAAACGGAAUCAGCUUCUAAGGACAAAGAAAUACACCGUUUGACAACUGAACUGAAUAAGGUCUCAGAACGGGUCGAGAGUUUAGAGAAUACCAUCGAUGAAAUGCGUACGUGGAAAGACGAGAUGCAGGAACUUUUGACACGAAGAGGAAUACAUUCACAAAAAAACACCGAGAGAAAUACAACGCCCAAGUCUACAAGGCCAUUAUCGGGAACUGAGCAGGUGCAAACGCCAAGGAAAACCAGUGCUCCGAAAGACAAGUUCUUGCCCCAUCUGCAGACUCCAAGAAAAUGAAAAUCAUUCAAACAGUUUUUCCAUAUUACUUUGUAGGUAUAUAUGUACCUCGAACUUGGACAAAAAACGACGAGUUUAGAGAAUUCCAUCGAUGAAAUGCGUACGUGGAAAGACGAGAUGCAGCAACUUUGGCAGGGAAUGAAACGAAGUGGAUUAAAUUCACAAACUAACACCGAGAGAAACACAACACCCAGGUCUACAAGGCCAUUAUCGCGAAUUGAGCAGGUGCAAAGGCUAAAGAAAACCAGUGAUCAGAAAGCUACGUUCUUGCCUCACCUGCAGAGUCCAAGAAAAUGAAAAUCAUCCAAACAGAUUAUUUUUUGUACGUCUCAUACAGCAAACUAUCGCAAAAUGCGACGUGCGUGAAGAACUAAUGACAGAUGUACGUAAUUGUUUUCAUACAUUAAAAUAGCACAUUUAAUGACAAA